GCAAAUACCAUUAUUCAAGGUUUGCUUGAACUCUGUUAUACUCUGUUAUAGAAUGAUUAGCUGUUGUCAUUGAAUCCAAGAUCUUUUUACUUCGUAUUUCGUGUGUAAUAUUUUAGAAAUGUGGGGUGUAUGAGUCUUUUAUUUUCACCCUUUUGUUAUUCAUUCAAAAGAAAAUGGAAAUGAUGCCAAAAGUAAAAGGUCUGAGCAAGGGAGAAGUAAUGGUGGGAAUGAGAGAAAGAGGUUAUAAGAAGGAAGAGGGCCCCUGUCAUUGCUUAAGUGAUAGCAUUAUGACAUUUGCAUCCUCUUCUACAGCAAACAACCCAUUGGUCGUGGGUCGAAAGAAAAGGCGUGGAUUGCUGUCUAGCAUUGAUUGUCAAUCUAGACUUCUCCCAACAUUAUUCUCAUCGCCCACCAUUAUGCCUUCCUCGCAUUGAUAAAACAUUGUUGCUGAUCCACGUAGCUUGAACCCUCUCUUUUUGUUCCUUCAUCAUAAGAAAAGAGAUUAAAAUCAUUAUUGUUGUAAAAUGUGUUUUCUGUUCUUAUAUAAUCUUCAAUGAUACAGUUUCUAAAAACAAUUAAUGAGACCCCUUGUUGCUGGUUGCAACAUUGAUGGCAAGCAAAAGUGUUCAUUGGUCAACUGCGGCAAAUCAAAACACUUAUGUUAUUUAUUCUUCACGACCUUUAGACUUGAAAUUCAUUUGAAUAGUAAAUGUCUUUUUUUAAAUUUUAGUGUCGUAUUGUGUUCUUGAAAUGAAAUUAUAGGGUUCAACUUGGAAGAAGCUCAAGUAGUCCAAUUUCUCAUUAAAUUUGGAGUUUAUCAGGGACUAAUUUUCACUCUUUCAUAUUGCGUACAUUUUUAAUCAUUUUGGCUCUUAAGAUAUUCACUGAAUGUGUGGACUUUAGCUCAGAUUUGUGAUCAACCAUUACACACAUGCUGUUGAUGUGUGAGCAUUUUUGUUUGGCAAUAGUUAGGAGCUGUUUGUUUCAGCCUUUUAAUGGUUCAGAUGUCUGAAUGGUUCAGCACUUAAUGGUUCAGACUGUUUGUUUCAGCCUCUUAAUGGUUCAGAUGUCUGAAUGGUUAAAACAUUUGCUUCUGAAUGAUUAAGUAUUAAGUAGAGUCUGAAUGGUUAAGACCUCUUAUCUGAAUUGAUCACACAUUUUAUUCUGAAUAGUUAAACAAUAUACUAGCUCUUAAUGG